AUGCGCGGCAUAGCUUUCUUGUCGGCCUUGUGCGCCGCGGCCCUUGUCCAAGCCAACUUCCACACCGCACACAUCUACGUCCAGCCCGUCGAAAACUCCGAGUCGCCGACCCUCCUUGCAGAGCUCGCAUACGAUCCCAGCAUCACCACGUCCUCCUCAAUCAUCUCCUACGAAGCUCCUGAAAUUCCAGAGUCGACACAGCUGGUCCGCGUAGGGCUGUACGACCCAAAGUCUUCGCGCUGGAUAUCUGGCACGACUGUUGCUUCGGUAGACAACUUUGGCAAGGGCUUCUCUCCCAAUUUGAUACUGUCCAUCGAUGAGAAUGGAGAGGUGUUGAGUGCCUCCCUGAAGGGAGUAAGGAUCGAUGCGGGCCAGACGAGAGAUUUUGGGCCGCAGGCUGUGGUGCUGCCGGCGCUCAAGGGCAAGCAACCGGAGCUUAACAAGCCAGUCGUCCUGUCACCAGAGGGCAAGAAGGUUGAGGAAGAGGAGAAGACAUUCCUACAAAAGUAUUGGUGGAUGAUUGGUAUUGUGGUGUUCCUAGCUAUGAGUGGAGGAGGAGGCGAGAAAUAG